GCGCCGGGUCCGCCUUCCGUCUGUUCCAGCGCCUGCUCCUGCGCGGCAGCUGCUUUGGAAGGUCUCGAGCCCCCUGUACCUUCCCAGGGAUGAACCGGGCCUUCCCUCUGGAAGGCGAGGGUUCGGGCCACCGUGAGCGAGGGGCGGGGCGGUGGGCGCGCGCAGAGGGAAACCAGAUCAGCUGAGAGAGAAUAGGAGUAGUGGAUGAGGCGCCUGUGGGGCGCGGCCCGGGAGCCCUCGGGCGCGGGCUGGGAGGAGUGGGCGGAGGCGCCGCAGGAGGCUCCUGGGGCCUGGUCGGGCUGGCUGGGCCCCGGGCGCAGUGGAGGAAAGGGACGGUCGGCGCCCGGUUGGGCGUCCUGGCCAGCUCACCUUGCCCUGGCGGCUCGCCCCGCCCGGCACUUGGGAGGAGCGGGGCUGGGCCUGCGGUUGGAUUCCGGGACCGCCCCCUUCCAUUCCCGGGUCAGCGGCAAGCUGCAGCGACGGCUGGAAUCGCAGCUGCAGCAUGAGAGCCGGUGCCGCUCCUCCACGCCUACGGACGCGUGGCGAGCGGAGGCAGCUCUGCCGGUUCUCGCCAUGGGGGCGCCGUGGGGUUCACCGGCGGCGGCGGCGGCGGCGGCGGCGGCGGGCGGGCGGCGCGGGUGGCGCCGAGGCCGGGGUCUGCCUUGGACCGUCUGGGCGCUGGCAGCCGCCGGCUUGAUGUGUACGGCGCUGAUCACCUAUGCCUGCUGGGGGCAGCUGCCGCCUCUGCCCUGGGCGUCGCCAACCCCGCCGCGACCGGUGGGCGUGCUGCUGUGGUGGGAGCCCUUCGGGGGGCGCGGCAAUGCCGCGAGGCCGCCCCCCGAUUGCCGGCUGCGCUUCAACAUUAGCGGCUGCCGCUUGCUCACCGACCGCGCGUCCUACGGAGAGGCUCAGGCCGUGCUUUUCCACCACCGCGACCUUGUGAACGGACCCCCCGACUGGCCCCCGCCCUGGGGCGUCCAGGCGCGCAGUGCCGAGGAGGUGGAACUGCGAGUGUUGGACGACGAGGAGGCAGCGGCGGCGGCAGAAGCCCUGGCAACCUCCAGCCCCAGGCCCCCAGGCCAGCGCUGGGUUUGGAUGAACUUCGAGUCGCCCUCGCACUCCCCAGGGCUGCGAAACCUGGCAAGUAACCUCUUCAACUGGACGCUCUCCUACAGGGCAGACUCGGACAUCUUCGUGCCUUAUGGCUACCUCUACCCCAGGAGCCACCCCAGCGACCAGCCGUCAGGCCUGGCCCCGCUACUGUCGCGGAAACAGGGGCUAGUGGCAUGGGUGGUGAGCCACUGGGACGAGCGCCAGGCCCGGGUCCGCUACUACCACCAGCUGAGCCAACACGUGGCUGUGGACGUAUUCGGCCGGGGCGGGCCCGGGCAGCCGGUGCCCGAAAUUGGGCUCCUGCACACAGUGGCCCGCUACAAGUUCUACCUGGCUUUCGAGAACUCGCAGCACCUGGAUUAUAUCACCGAGAAGCUCUGGCGCAACGCGUUGCUCGCUGGGGCAGUGCCGGUGGUGUUGGGCCCCGACCGUGCCAACUACGAGCGCUUCAUGCCCCGCAGCGCCUUCAUCCAUGUGGACGACUUCCCAAGUGCCUCCUCCCUGGCCUCGUACCUGCUUUUCCUAGACCGCAACCCCGCGGUCUAUCGCCGCUACUUCCACUGGCGCCGGAGGUACGCUGUCCACAUCACCUCCUUCUGGGACGAGCCUUGGUGCCGGGUCUGCCAGGCUGUCCAGAGGGCUGGGGACCGGCCCAAGAGCAUACGCAACUUGGCCAGCUGGUUUGAGCGGUGAAGCCGCCCUUCCCUGGAAGUGACCCAGGGGAGGUCAAGUUGUCAGCUUUUUGAUCCUCUACUGUGCAUCUCCUUGACUGCCGAAUCAUGGGAGUAAGUUCUUCAAACACCUAUUUUUGCUCUAUGGGAAAAAGGCGAUUUUACCAAUGAACAUUACUCCGCACAGAGAUGGGGGCCCGGUUUCCAUAUUUUUUGCACAGCUAGCAGUUGGGCCCCCUUUGCUGUUGAUGAGCAUCAUUGUUUAGGGGUGAAGGAGGGGGUUCUUCUUCACCUUGUAACCAGUGCAGAAAUGAAAUAGCUUAGCUGCGAGAAGCCGUUGAGGCGGUUUCUCUGAAUUUCCCCGUCUGCCAUAGGCCGGAUUUGUGGCCAGUGCAGCCUCCAAAUCUCAUACACACUGUUCCCGAUUCACAUUUUUCUGGACGGAGGUGAAGCAAAUUUCUGGUUGUAGAAGGAGACUUGUUGGUGGAGAGUAGAAGGACUGUGGCUGCAGGUGGGUCUUUGUUGUUUGGAUUCCUCACAGCCUUGGCUCCUGAGAUAGAUGAGGAGGGCAGUCCAAGAGGGGCCGCUGACUUCUUUAAUAAGUACUAACUGUUUCCCCUGUCCUGUGAAUGGAAGCAAAAUGCUGGAUUGUCCUUGGAGGAGAGUUGAGAUGAAUAUAUGGGUGCACCUCACUUUACAUAAGAAAUGUAUUCCUGAAAAGCUGCAUUUAAAUCAAGUCCCAAAUUCACUGACUUAGGGGAGUUCAGUAUUUAAUGAAACCCUAUGGAGAAUUUAUCCCUUUACAAUGUGAAUAAGCAUCUCCUAAUGUUUCUUCUGUCUUUAUGGUUUUCCAUAACCUGGAUUUUUUAAAGGCAUAUUAAAAUUACAGAUGUGAAAAUAAAGCAGAAGCAACCUUCUUCCCUCUUCCCAGAAAACCAGUCUGUGUUUACAGACAGAAGAGAAGGAAGCCACAGUGUCACUUCCACACAAUUAUUUAUUUCAUGUCUUUACUGGACCUGAAAUUUAAACUGCAGUGCCAGUCCUGCAGGAGUGCUGGCAUUACCCUCUGCAAAACAAUGAAAGGUAUUGCACUACAUUAUGGAACCAUGUAAAAGAAAAAAAAGUUUCAUGAUGUCUGUUAGUGGCAGUUUUUGUUUAUCUCUGUCAGUUUUUAGUUAAAUGUUUAGAUCCUCGGAAUUACAUUAGUGCCUACUAUUAACUUACUCUUGUCUCUUGUUAAAGGCUAAAUCUGCACUUCUCCCUGGUGCCAGCAGGUUCCCCUCAUAGCCAACGUAGUGGUAUAGCAUAUCCUCACAUUUCCAGUGCCCUUGAGACUGUGCUGUGGAACCAAUCUUGAACAUACGUGCAUUGAUUUGACAAAGUUACUGAGUAAGCAGCAUAUUCAGCAGGUGCCACUACAUACCUACUCUGUGCCAAACACUAAGCUUGAGGCCCUAGGGAAGAUAGUUAUACAAGGCAAAGUCCUUCUCUUUAGGGCACUUAUAAUCUGUCACUUCCAAAAAGUAAACGUGACUGAUAAAACAAGUGGCAGAACCUGUUUGACUACUGUGACAGUCUUAAUGAUACCAUAAAUCAAUAUUAGAAAGCUAGUUGACUUAAAGCCUGAAAUAAUGGGCGUUUUCACCUCCACUUAUUAGAAUAAGGACCCUCAAUGACUAAUUAUUGUGGAUAGGGUCAAGAUUAACUAGUUUUAUACAGAGUUCUGCUGUAAAUAGUCAUUUUGCGUUUGAUUAGUGCAAUUAUCUGAAUCAAAAAGCAAGUUUUACCUCUCUGUACAUGUUUUUGCAGACAUACUUGAAAAAUUCACUUAAAUCUAGGUGCUUCAGUUCACUUUCUUGAGAGGAGAAAUGAAAAGCUGUGGAGAAAAUGUCCUCAUUGAAGUUUUAUAGUGAGGGCAGAAUUACAAUUACAAAGUGCCAGCCACCAAAUAAAGAUAAAAGUUCAGUUCUUAAAAUGAGUUUUUAUGAGGUAACAGUCAGUGAUCUUGAUGUUCCUGGGAUUCUACAUGGGGCAGUGGGAAAGAGUUCAGGUUUUGAAGGUAACCUAGUUUAGGUCUGAAUUUCAGCUAUGUGACAUUGGGUAAAUUCGUAGUAGCCCUGAGCCUCAGCUUCCUCAUCUGUAAAAUGACUGAGGAAAAUACUUCACAAGCUCAUUUUGAGCACUUUAGGAAGUGAAAGUACCUAAAAUAGCAGGCACCCAACUGAUGAUUUUAUAUCUUCCUUCUUUGCUUGCAGUGAUUUCAGGAUAUCCUCCUACCAUUUAUAAGUCUAAAAUUAUAUCUGAAGGUAUAUUGUAGAAUAAAUCUAAAAUAAAAAGGAUGGUGCCUCAUAUCAUGUAUUUUAAAUGAGUCCCUAAAGCUAAGCCAUAUUUCAAGAAUCAUGAUUACCAUUUAGAUUAAGCUGGACUUGCAAACUAGGAAGAAGCACCUAGGCUUUCUUUGAAUAUAUAUUUUUUUGUUUGUUUUGGUCAAGCUCUAUAGUUAAAUUAGUAUCAUUUAUUUUACCAAUUUUUUUAGUAUUAAGUCCAUUUAGAACCAUAUUUAUGGAAUAUUUAGCAUGAG